AUGAUGUUCUUCUACCAACGGCAUGCCCUGGAGACUCUCCCAACCCAUAUGCAUGAGGUUGCCUCAAAUGAUCCUGUAGAUUGGAAGGAUCAGCCGUCUGAUGGACUUGCCAUCCAGGGGCAGUUGAGUCAUAUCUUAAAACUUGCUGAUAGCAAAUCUACAAGCAAGGGAGACAACUUAGAAGAGAAGCUUGCAGACACUGACAAGGCAGAUGGAGAGAGUUCUGAGAAGAAGAGAAAUGUGGUGGCGUUUUACAAGUUAGAGAGGAUAAGAAUCUCUCUUAUUACAGCACAAGGGGAUCAGACUGAAGUGGAAGAUGUCAGAAAAGAAAAACCUGAUGUUGUUUCUCAUGCAUCAGCUGGAAUCAUAAGCCGUUUAGAAGAAACUGAUGAUAAACUAGCUAAAGCCCUUAGAUCUUUGUGUUGGAGAUACUACGGUAUUCAAGCUGAGGAAGAGAAGGUGAUAGGGUUAGAAUUCCUUAGUUUUGACCUUAGACUUUGCGCAGGAGAAAAGAUUGAGUCAUUGCGGUUUGCAUUCUCAACAAGGAUUGAUGUUACAUAUGAAAGAGGAGUAAGAAACGAAGGUGGUGACAAAGGGUACAUGACUCAUGAGGAGGAUGAACUCAUCAGUGGUAUUGGGGAAAGGUGA